AUGUCGAAAAAAUUCGAAGCAUCUUCAUCAACAUAUUUACGCUUAAAAAACGAACGUGGUCAUUGGCAUAAUCAAGCACAUAAUCCUGCUAUUGAUAAUUAUGAAGGCGAACGUCAUCAAGCAAUGAAUGAAUUACAAAAACAUCUUGGACAAUCUGGAACAUCCACGGAUGAAAUCAAAUGUUUAAUGGGUGAACCAACACAAAUUUUAAAUGAACCUGAUUUAGUUCUUCAACAUGAAUUUAAUCGUGAAAAUUAUACAUUUCCUGCUGGCGCUAAAAUUUGGAUAUAUGAAUGGCGUGGUAAUCACGAUUAUGUAUAUUUUGUCAUAUCAAAAGAUAAUAAAGUUAUUCAAUCCGAUUGGUAUAAUGCAUUGGAAUAA